CGGAGCCCGGAGCCCGCGACGGCCCGCCCCCUGCAGCCGGAAGGCCCCCUGCAGGAGGAUCCUAGGAGAAACCGCGUCCUUCCUUGGUCCUCCAUGGCCGUCGCCGCGCUGCUUGCCCGGGCCUACGGCCCCAGCCGCGGAGCUGGAGCUUCGGUGACACCCAUGGCUAAAGCUUCCUUUGCCUGGUCAAACCCAGUCUCCCUCGCUCUCCGUCGUCAGUUACAUACUAUCUACCAGUCUGUGGAACUGCCUGAGACACACCAGAUGCUGCGUCAGACGUGCCGGGACUUUGCCGAGAAGGAGCUCGUUCCCAUUGCAGCCAAGUUGGACAAGGAACACUGCUUCCCAGCAUCUCAGAUAAAGAAGAUGGGCGCCCUUGGGCUUCUGGCCAUGGAUGUGCCGGAGGAGCUGAGUGGCGCUGGCCUUGAUUACCUGGCCUACGCCAUCGCCAUGGAGGAGAUCAGUCGGGGCUGCGCCUCCACCGGAGUCAUCAUGAGUGCCAACAACUCCCUCUACCUGGGGCCCAUCCUGAAGUUUGGCUCCAAGGAGCAGAAGCAGAAGUGGAUCACACCUUUCACCAGCGGCGACAAAAUUGGCUGCUUUGCUCUCAGUGAACCAGGGAACGGCAGUGACGCAGGAGCUGCCUCUACCACCGCCCGGGAAGAGGGUGACUCGUGGGUCCUGAAUGGCACCAAAGCCUGGAUCACCAAUUGUUGGGAGGCCUCAGCCACCGUGGUCUUUGCCAGCACCGACAGAUCCUUGUAUAACAAGGGCAUCAGUGCCUUCCUGGUUCCCAUGCCAACGCCUGGGCUCUCCUUGGGAAAGAAGGAAGACAAGCUGGGCAUCCGGGCCUCAUCCACGGCCAACCUCAUCUUUGAGGACUGUCGAAUACCCAAGGAAAACCUGCUGGGGGAAGUGGGGAUGGGUUUCAAGAUAGCUAUGCAAACUCUGGACAUGGGCCGCAUCGGCAUCGCCUCCCAGGCUCUGGGAAUUGCCCAGGCCGCCCUUGAUUGUGCUGUGAACUACGCCGAGAACCGCAGGGCCUUUGGGGCGCCCCUCACCAAGCUCCAGGGCAUCCAGUUCAAGCUGGCGGACAUGGCCCUGGCCCUGGAGGGUGCCCGGCUGCUGACCUGGCGUGCCGCCAUGUUGAAGGAUAAUAAGAAGCCAUUCACCAAGGAGGCAGCAAUGGCCAAGCUGGCUGCAUCGGAGGCCGCAACAGCCAUCAGCCACCAGGCCAUUCAGAUCCUGGGUGGCAUGGGCUACGUGACGGAGAUGCCAGCCGAGCGGCACUACCGUGAUGCCCGCAUCACCGAGAUCUACGAAGGCACUAGUGAAAUCCAGCGGCUGGUCAUCGCGGGGCACCUGCUCAAGAGCUACCGGAGCUGAGCCCCCUGCCCGGCUGACCAUUGCCCCUGCCUCGCAGGCACUGUGGGGAGGACAGGCCGCCCUGGCCCCCGCCCUUGCGGUGUGGACCUCUGCCCGCCCGAGACCGAAGUGUCUGGGGGCGGGGCUCAGGGCGAGGCAAGGCGUGGCGCUGUGAUCAGUGCCCGAGGACCCCCAUCUGCAGCUCUGUUUCUUGGCUCUGCUCUCCCUUCCCAACUGUGCCUUAUUUCUUCAUCUGAGGGGACAUGGCCUCCUGAAGGCAGGGCCGUGGAAAGGGCUAAGUGACCGCUUUGGGGCUCCCUAUUUCCCAUGGGCCGUGGUACCCAGAAGGAGACCUGGUGGGCCUGGGUCUUGGCGGCGUCUGCUCUUUUCCCUGAGGUCAGGGGUCAGGAAGGGGAGGAGGUGGGGGCCAGAAUGAACAGGCCUCCAAGCAGCAGAAGCGGUGCUCUCUCGGGCCCCGGGCUGUUUGGGAAGGUUGUGGGGCUAAGUCAUUAGAAGCACCGUGACAGGUGAUGGGGCUUUGGACAGUCACAUGUGGGAACUAAUUGUAAGUAAUAAAGCAUACCUAUC